AUGGCCUCUCUGGACCUGCCAUACCGCUGUCCUCGCUGCGGGGAGCACAAGCGCUUCCGAAGCCUGUCAUCCUUGCGCGCCCACCUGGAGUACAACCACACGUACGAGACCCUCUACGUCCUCUCCAAAUCAAACAGUGUGUGCGACGCUGCUGCUCUGCUGCCCCUAGUGGCCGAGGGAGCUCUCCUGACACCCGCCAACAACAACGACCCUUUUGAGCCUCUUCGGCCUUCAGCUUUGAAGGAACGGCGCUUUCCCUGCCGCGAGCUUCCUUGUUCGGACGACCUGAGCUUGACUCCGGCUAACUCCAACACUGCAGCGCGGUAUAUUCCGAAUGUGGAGUUUCCCCUGGGGGAGAUUUUUAUGAAGAAAGCCAUGACAUCUGCAGACCCAGGUCCCCAUGGAAACCCCAGCACAGCUGUAGCGGUGGCAGCUAAUGUAGCGGCGAGUGCAGUUGAAGCAGCGUACGAGGAAGGCCUGGCCAGGCUGAAGGCGCGGGCGUUUGAACGGCUAGAACUGGACGAGAGGCUGGAGAAGCUGUCUGAAGAGGUGGAGCAGAAAAUAGCGGCCCGUGUAGGCCGGCUGCAGGCAGAGCUGGAGAGGAAGAGCUCCGAGCUGGAGCGGGCCAAGCAGGAGAGCGAGCGGCUGAGCCAGGAGAAACAAGACCUGGAGGACAAGGCCUCUGAGCUCUCUCGGCAGGUGGACGUCUCUGUGGAAAUGCUAGCUAACCUCAAGCAGGAUCUGGUGAACAAGGAGGCAGAGCUGAACCACAAACAGCAGGAGGUCGCCCAGAUUGACCAGUUCCUUCAGGAGACGGCGGCACGUGAGGCCAAUGCUAAGGUGCGCCUGCAGCAGUUUAUCGAGGAGCUGCUGGACCGAGCCGACCGCGCCGAAAAACAGCUGCAGAUCAUCAGCAGCUGUGGCACCACACCGAACGGCAGCCUGGGACGCUGCAGCCUGCAGGCCUCGAAGGGGAACGGACGGCAGAGAAACUCGAGCAUCUCUGGGAGCACAAGGGGAAUGUACCAGGUGUCAGAGAGACGCUCCUCCCCCAGCACAGGAGCAUCAGGGAGGAUCAAGUCGGUCUCACAGGGUUCUGGAGGUUACGACAGCGACAGCGUUGAGAUGCAUCCCAUGGAGGAGUGUCCCGAGGCCCAGUACUAUCACAUGCAGUGCCGGCUGGGCGAGGGGGGUUACGACCGCUCCCCUGGAUGUGGCUCAAGAAACUGGGGUCUUCGGAAACAAGCGAUCCAGAACUGGCAGCGUCGGCCUUACAGGAACAGCACUGAAGGUGAGGAGGGGGACGUAUCGGACGUGGGCUCCCGAACUACUGAGUCUGAAGUGGAGAUGUGGGAACAAGAGAGAAGAGCUGUGGCCGAAGUCCAGCAGUCCGCUGCGCCUUAUCCUCACCACAGCAGGGCGGCGUACCGCCCAAACACAGGUCGAUCUGAAGGGGUCUACAGCAAGCCGUGCCGCCACGAAAAGAGCCCGUCCAAAUCCAACGAGGUGAUCAGUCCGGAGAUCCUGAAGAUGCGCGCGGCUCUCUUCUGUAUCUUCACCUACCUGGACACUAAAACCCUGCUGAGAGCUGCUGAAGUUUGCCGCAACUGGAAGUUUGUAGCCCGCCACCCAGCGGUGUGGACCAGAGUGCUGCUAGAGAAUGCUCGCAUUUCUUCCAAGUUCCUGAGCACAUUGUCUCAGUGGUGCACUCAGACGCACUCUCUCAUCCUGCAAAACCUCAAACCAAGACAGCGGGGCAAGAAGGAAACCAAGGAGGACUACCUUAAAAGCACACGUGGCUGUCUGGAAGAGGGUCUGGAGGCAUUGUUAAAGGCCACAGGAAGUAACCUGCUGAUACUGAAGAUUUCUCACUGCCCCAACCUGCUGACUGAUCGCUCCCUUUGGCUGGCCAGCUGCUACUGCCGAGCCCUUCAGGCCGUAACCUACAGGAGUGCCACAGAUCCAGUUGGACAGGAGGUGAUCUGGGCCCUUGGAGCAGGUUGCAGAGACAUAAUUUCCCUGCAGGUGGCGCCACUACAUCCAUGCCAACAACCUGCUCGCUUCAGCAACCGAUGUCUGCAGACCAUUGGGAGAUGCUGGCCGCACCUCCGCGCUCUUGGUGUCGGAGGGGCUGGAUGUGGGAUUCAGGGACUGGCCUCACUGGCGAGGAACUGCAUGCGUCUGCAGGUGUUGGAGUUGGACCAUGUGAGUGAAAUCAACCAGGAGGUGGCAGCAGAGGUUUGCAGAGAGGGUCUGAAGGGCCUCGAGAUGCUGGUGCUCACCUCCACACCGGUCACUCCAAAAGCCCUGCUCCACUUCAACAGUGUUUGCCGCAACCUCAAGUCCAUCGUGGUUCAGAUUGGUAUAGAAGACUACUUUGAGGACCCCAACAGCCCCGAAGCUAGAAAAUUGUUUGAUGAGAUGGUUAACAAGCUGCAGGCUCUGAAAAAGAGACCUGGCUUCUCCAAAAUCCUCCAUGUGAAAGCAGACAGUCUCUGCUAACGUCUUUUAUGCAGAUUCGUCAAGUCUUGGAGAGGUGCCAUCAUGGCUCCAGUCAAUCAAAAAGACCCAGCUGUUUUGAGCCUACUUCCUGGGGUUGAAUGCGUCUGCAGCACCAACAGAAACAACAGAAGAUCACUAUGAUGAACCAGGACAGAGGCUGAGUUUGCAUAUUCCAGAAGUACAAAAAUGAAACAGAAAAAUUCCUUUUGAAAUCAAUAUGUCCUUAAUUUUUGGUUAGACCAUUGGACCUACGAUGGCACUGUGUAUCAGACGAAGGGCCUGUUUUAAACUUUACAAACUCAAAGAAA